AUGAUCACCGUCUGUUUUCUCAUAUGUUUGGCAAUGUUUCUCAAAUCGCUCAUUCAUAUGUUGGAAAAUCCGAAGCCGAUGACCCUAGAAUGGGCAAUCAGCUGCGUUUGGGCUUUCAUGUCGAUUCACGGGUUCAUCUCAGGUCUAUGUGUGGCAUCGUGGACAAGAUCUCGGUUUCUGCCAGAAUUACAGGAUACUCUAGCCAAAGUCCAGAAUUGUAGGGGCCCACUUUACGGAAAAACAAGUUUGAUAGCCACUUAUAGAAAAAUUGUUAUUGGCGUGAUAAUUUUCAUGCUUACCUGGAUGAUGUCAUUGAUGAAAGGCAUACUUUAUGAAGGAUCACAGGCGAAUUCAUCGUUGCCAUUCGAAGCAGGCUACCCUCUAACUCUGUCCACGAUGUACGGGCUGGAUCCAUUUGUGUACAUGCUUAUCGCAUUCUCGUCUUCAUUGGCUUUAACGAUGCACGUGUUGGUGUACGCCCAUGUGAAUCGAGAAUGGGCAUCGUUCAACAAGGACCUCUGUAAUACGGCUCGAUUACAACAACUGGCGGUAAUUGUAAUUUUCUCCUAUAGAUUCAAUAUUUGA